AUGAGCAGUGGAUUCUCCUCCCACCUAAAAAGUUGCCUGUCUACGGUCGACACUCCAGAGGACAUCCGGAUCCGUCAGGCUCUCCCUGCCUCGGCCAGCGCCUCUGAGGUGGUUCGAGAGUCGCUCCAGCAAAAGCUCGAUGAGAUCAAUACCAGGGAACGGCCUACGUUUGGAUAA